UCGUCGGAAAAUGGACGAUUCUCAUGUGGGUGGAGUUCGAAAUUCCAGGAGGCAGUAUAAGUUUGUGAACACAACUUAAAAAUGAUUUCUGGAUCAAAAGAGAAGGUGUUUAAUAGCAGCCACAACUAAUACCAAGAAAUUGAAGGCAAACAUAUUUUGGUGAGCGAGUGGCAUAACAGAAGGCUACAAAAUGCCGAAGAUGGCGCACCCAGCAGCCCCUAUAGGCCAGCACUAUGGAAAACGGGACAUGGAGAGAAUUGGAAUAUUUGCAGAAACUGGAUGGUUGCAUGGAGUGCCAUACGUUUCCCCUCAUGGAUACGAAUUCAGGAAAGGAGGCACCAAAGGUCGCCAACUACUCCCUGGUGGUGGUAAGACCAAGGUGGGACUCCAGGAUUGCUACUUUGAUAAGGGGCCAUUCAAAAGGAUUUUUGAAAAGGAAGCAUAUUCGAGUGCAAUUAGAGAAAACUAUUUGGCUUCGAUGGCAUCAUCAAAGAAAAAUAUAUCAAGUGCUGCAUUUUUAGCUGGAGCCCCUAGCAAGAAACAUAGCACACCUGGAGAUUUUUAUGGAACAUUUGCUGGCAGAGUUAAGGCUAUGAGCCGCCAAGAGAAAUCAACUCCACAGCAUGGAGCAGAGUUGCCAAACGUGAAAACAAAUCCUGGUAAAAAGGGUACUUACGGCUAUGCUGACACGACUUUUAACAAAUUCCCUAAGCAUAUGUCUGAACCAUAUCAAUCCCGUUACGGUAUGGCAGCUGCAAAUCAAAGACUUAUCCUUGAUGGUCCAUUUAUUUCAACAAUAUACCCCAGUCCCUGUUUCAAUGGAAACCCAUGGCAUGUAGUAAAGCCAGGCUCAACAUACAUCCGUCGGUCUGAAACCAAACCCAAAUAUCAAGGAGUAGUCUGGGUCCCUCCACAAUUUCCUAAAAAGGUGAGGCCUGUCCAAAAAACACUUAAUUACGCAGCUUUUCUUUACUUUACUUGGAGAAAUCAAUUUUACUAUCACAAGGUAAUAACAAAUUUCUAUCCCAUUCAUUACAGCCAGGCAAUAAUCAUGAUGGCUGCUUUAGCAAAUUUCCUCCACACAAGCCAGACAAAUACAUUGACAUCUUCAAAAUUAUGCGAGGUCCUCUGGAGCCAAAUGUGUUCUAUCCACAAAUUCGUCAGAAGAGCAUGUACACUACAUCUGUGGUCAACAAAAAUGUGGACUUCCGUGUCAAUGCCAAAAACUGGCGCGGCUUCAAGGCAGUGUCUUACACAUAAUUGGAAAAUAUUCAAGAGAGGAGAAAGGAUAACAUUGAUAUAGCACUUUAUAAAAUUUAUAAAUGUAUUUCAAUUAUUAAAAAGAAAAAUUA